AUGUGGAAAUUGAAGAAGAUGAUUUCAAGACAUAGGGGUAAAGAGAGAUGCAAGGAUGCUUUCCUUAACUUCAAUUCUGAUUAUAAAGAUAAUGAAGCCGACGAAUACAAUGACUUAGUUGAUGAAAAAGGGUUUGGUUCAGAAGAGGAAAUCGAUGACACAACAGGGGCUAAUGAUCUUGAUUUGGGAGAUGCGGUUAGUGCAGGCAUUCCCAUUCAUGACCCAUCAGUUAAGUGGAAUAAGAUGAAGCCCCUUCUUAGUGAAAGGUAUGAAUCACCACAUCAGUUGCAACAAUAUCUCACUAAUUAUGCUAUUAAGUCAGGGUAUAACAUUAAAUUUGUGAAGUGUGACACUAUGAGAUUAACUGCCAAAUGA